AUGAAGAGGAAAUCCCAGGACUGCAAGUCCAGAUUGCCAGACAACUCUGCGGUGAAGCAGCAGCAGUUGCCUGCCUUCCGGCUCCAGCUCUCAGCCAACGAGAUCCUCUCUGGCUUUUUUGCCACAGGGGUCUUCUGCCUUGGCAUGGGCGUCAUCCUUCUGUUGUCUGCAAAGAGCAUCAGAGAAAUAGAGAUUAAUUAUACAGAAAAAUGUGCAAGUUGUGCAAAACUGAGAGAAGAUGCCACUAAUUUUGACAAAGAAUGCAGCUGCUCUAUUUCCUUUUACCUUCCACAGAAAAUGGAGGGUAAUGUUUAUCUGUACUAUAAAUUGUAUGGCUUCUAUCAGAACCUCUAUCGGUAUAUUCUGUCCAGAAGUAAUAUCCAGCUGGUGGGUACGGAUGUAAAGGAUGUUAGAAACUGUGCUCCGUUCAAAACCUCUGACAAAGGGCUCCCCAUUGCUCCGUGCGGUGCAAUUGCCAACAGCCUGUUCAACGACACCUUCGUUCUUCUGUACAACUCUGAUUCAUCUACACAGAUCGAAGUCCCAAUGAUGAGGACUGCGACUGCAUGGUGGACAGACAAGUACGUCAAGUUUCAGAACCCAACUUACCAAAAUCUUUCUCAUGCAUUUGAAGGAACUGCAAAGCCUCCGAACUGGCCUAAGCCUGUCUAUGAACUAGAUGAAGAGGACCCAAGGAACAACGGCUUCAUCAAUGAUGACUUCAUCGUGUGGAUGCGGACAGCCGCCUUUCCCACUUUCAAGAAACUGCACCGCCGACUCCAUCGAAUAGACAAUUUUACCGAAGGCUUACCUGCUGGUAGCUAUAGUUUCAUCAUAAACUACAACUUUCCCGUAAGCAGGUUCCAAGGACAAAAAGCACUUGUUCUCUCCACCCUGACGUGGAGUGGAGGCAGCAGCCUUUUCUUAGGCCUCGCCUAUCUGGUGACGGGAGCUGUGACUUUGUUGGCCUUCUUUUCCAUGAUGGCAGUUCACCUGAAGCUGAAAGAAAGGAAAACGUUCUUCCUCCAGUAG